AUGCACUUCUAUAACAUUGAUAUUCCACUGUACAGUGUACAACCCCUGAAAACCCUCUUCGAUCAAUUACCUUAACCGCACUGCCAUCUACCAAACACUCUCCACAAUAUGCACUCCUACCAAUUCUGUAGUUCUGGCUUUUAAUUUGAGAAGUGCUCCAAGUAUGGAUCAUAUCAGGUGGUAGACAAGGUUUCUAUUUCUAGCUAUCACCAGUAUCUCAAAGAUGUGGUGGAAAAUCGUUUUCUGUAUUGCAUAAUUUUUACAUAAUACUAGUGAAGACAACCACAGCUUAGAAAAGGAAAAAGAAAAAUACUGUAUCAGCACAGCGAUUGAGAAAGGUAUGAUGCAAUGGAGGAAGCACAAGGCCAGUAUUAUUCUUCCACUCCACAAGAAUCUGCAUUAUCUCAUGAUGGUGGAGGGAGGUCUCAGCUCAACGGCCAAGGGAAUUGUGGGACUGGUAUCAUAGGCCUGAAGAAGAGAGGUCAUGGAACUCGUUCUUGGAUAAAAAUUGGUCAGGAUGGGAGUACUCAGACCGUAACACUUGACAAGGCUACCAUUAUGAGACAUUGUUCUUUGCCUUCCAGAGAUCUUAGACUAUUGGAUCCAAUGUUCAUUUAUCCUUCUACCAUAUUAGGACGGGAGAAGGCUAUUGUUGUAAACCUUGAGCAAAUCCGUUGUAUAAUUACUGCUGAUGAGGUCAUCCUGAUGAAUUCAUUGGAUGGUAGUGUUGGUCAGUAUAGGUCAGAAUUAUGCAAUCGGCUUCAGAAAGAAAAAGCUGAUGGUCUGCCUUUUGAGUUUAGAGCGUUGGAAAUGGCUCUGGAGUUGACAUGCACAUCUUUAGAUGCUCAGGUAAAAGAGUUGGAAAUGGAAAUAUAUCCUGUGCUAGAUGAAUUAGCAUCGUCUAUCAGUACUCUGAAUUUAGAACGUGUUCGAAGAUUUAAAGGUCAUCUCCUUGCUUUGACUCAACGAGUUCAGAAGGUACGUGACGAAAUAGAACAUCUCAUGGAUGAUGAUGGUGAUAUGGCUGAGAUGUGCCUUACUGAGAAAAGGAGAAGCUCAGAUAUGUACCCUCUUAAUGAUUGUCUUCACAUUCUUACAUCAAGUAGUGGUAAAGAGAUUUCAAAGUCAGCUCCUAAUUCACCAGAGCGGUCAAUUAGUGGGAUCCCAAUGUUGCCAAGGGCUUUCAGCAUCAUUGGAAAUUCAGGCAAACAUGGUAGUUCAAUGGGUUCUUCUGAUAAUGGAGAAAGGAUUCAACCACUGGAAAUGUUGCUUGAAGCAUACUUUAUCGUCAUUGAUAAUACGCUUAACUCAUUGUCGUCGCUUAAAGAAUACAUUGAUGACACAGAAGAUUUUAUCAAUAUAAAGUUGGGCAAUAUUCAAAACCGCCUAAUACAGUUUGAAUUGCUUCUUACUGCAGCUACAUUGGUAGCAGCAGUAUUUGCUGCUGUGACAGCAGUGUUUGGGAUGAACUUUGAAACCACAGUUUUUGACUAUCCAUCUGGUUUCCAUUGGGUUUUGGUAGUUACCGGAAUCACUUGUGCAUCAUUGUAUUUCUCGUUCUUAUUCUACUUUAAGUACAAGAAAGUGCUUCCAGGGUAAAAUUCAACAGCUCUGAACUGAUUCUGCGAUGUAGCAAAGCCAAAAUGGUCUUUAUAUUUAAGGUGGCAGGGCUGCCAAAUUUAUAUACAUUAUCUGUUUUUGAAUCCACCGAUACACGACAACCUAUUCAUAAUUGAAGCUUUGACCAUAAUCAUCAAUCAAGAUGGCAUUGUUAGACUUGGGCAACUGUCACGGUGCAGGCCAAGAUGUCUCUAUAAUCACGCGAUAUUUUGAAGGAGUCGUAAACCUCCCCAUCUCUGCUCUUUUUGUACUCGAACAACAAAUUUGAGUGAUCGAAUGCUGUUAGUUUUAUAAACCCGUAGUCGUAAUCUCUAAAGAUAUUCCAUUUUGUCUCGAGGGGAGUAAAUGUUGAACCCCAGCACUGCCAGCAACAAUGUGUAUGGUUCCAUUUAAGGGUCCCUUAUAGUGGUGCUUUUCUUCAUUUGUGCAGAUAUUCUUUUGCAACAUGUAAGCACACAAACUUUACUAUGUAAAGUAUGCAUAUUCAAAGAAACUAGUUCAAAUGAUGGUGUGGCAUGUUAAUGAGAAA